GUAAGUUUUGACCCAGCUUAGCAGCCGUAGUCAGCCGGGAACGCUGUCGUGGGGGAUUGUGGGAAAAGAUGGCGGCUGCAGCACAGUCCCGGGUUGUCCGGGUCCUCUCAAUGUCACGUUCUGCCGUUACUGCAAUAGCCACGUCUGUGUGUCACGGCCCACCCUGUCGCCAGCUUCAUCAUGCCAUCAUACCUCAUGGGAAAGGUGGACGUUCCUCAGUCAGUGGGAUUGUGGCUACUGUGUUUGGAGCAACAGGAUUCCUGGGGCGAUAUGUUGUCAACCACCUUGGACGCAUGGGGUCACAGGUAAUCAUACCUUAUCGGUGUGAUACAUAUGACAUCAUGCACCUUCGUCCCAUGGGUGACCUGGGCCAGCUUCUGUUUCUGGAAUGGGACGCGAGAGAUAAAGAUUCUAUCCGACGAGUAGUGGAACACAGCAAUGUGGUCAUCAAUCUUAUUGGACGAGACUGGGAAACCAAAAACUUUGAUUUUGAGGAUGUUUUUGUGAAGAUUCCCCAAGCAAUUGCUCAACUGUCCAAGGAAGCUGGAGUUGAAAAAUUCAUUCAUGUUUCACAUCUGAAUGCGAAUAUUAAAAGCUCUUCGAAAUAUUUGAGAAAUAAGGCUGUUGGAGAGAAAGUAGUGAGAGAUGCAUUUCCAGAAGCCAUUAUCAUAAAGCCGUCGGACAUCUUUGGAAGAGAGGAUAGAUUCCUUAAUUCUUUUGCAAGUAUGCAUCGGUUUGGUCCUACACCCCUUGGUUCCUUGGGCUGGAAGACAGUUAAACAACCAGUAUAUGUCGUAGAUGUAUCCAAAGGAAUUGUUAAUGCAGUUAAGGAUCCUGAUGCCAACGGGAAAUCCUUUGCUUUUGUUGGUCCCAAUCGGUACCUCCUCUUUCACCUGGUGAAGUACAUCUUUGCUGUGGCUCACAGAUUGUUCCUCCCAUUCCCCUUGCCACUUUUUGCCUAUCGAUGGGUAGCAAGAGUCUUUGAAAUAAGCCCAUUUGAGCCCUGGAUAACAAGGGAUAAAGUGGAGCGGCCAGUUUUCAGCAUCGUCUGCGGUCCCUUGUUUAUCCAAAGAUGCACAUCACAGACAUGAAAUUGCCUCACCUGCCCGGCUUAGAAGACCUUGGUAUUCAGGCAACACCACUGGAACUCAAGGCCAUUGAGGUGCUGCGGCGUCAUCGCACUUACCGCUGGCUGUCUGCUGAGAUUGAGGAUGUGAAGCCGGCCAAGACCGUCGACAUUUAGUGCCUCCUGAGCAGCUCUUGGUUUUGGCGUCUUUGGGGUCAGCCCAUGUGGUUUGAGCACCCAGCCAGGCGGUCUCUUUAGAGGAUCCUGUACACAGUUCCACUAUUAAAACAUUUGAGGUUGAA